AUGAUGUGUCGUGGUGACGGAAUGGCUGAUAUAAUGGGACGUAAGUUUGGUUCAGAGAAGAUACCUUACAACCCAAGAAAGAGUUGGGCGGGAAGCAUUUUCAUGUUCAUCUUCGGCUUCUUGAUAUCAAUCGGAUUACUUUACUAUUACUCAAGCCUUGGUUACCUUCAUAUGAAUUGGAAAACGACCUUCCAGAGUCGCUAUGGUCUUAGUGGUCGUAACAGUGGUCGAGUCGUUUCCCAUCACCGAUCAGUUAGAUGA